AUGGCCCAAGAAUUCACCACGCUUCGUGCACGCCAUCUCCACACCACCGAAACCUAUGAGCAGAAAGAAUGCUACUAUGGUCAAAGGCACGAGCACAAGCACAAGAACACGAGGACAACACGCCAAGGAGUACAUACGCGCGCGCGUGGUUGCUCGCUCUUCUACCACCCAGGGAAGGACGAGCUUAUCGAUAAGCUCGGAGCAUCGCCCGCCCCUCAGUCACAAAUCCAUCUAUCUUUGAAGCCAACAAAGGUCACAUCGAAAAGAGAAGGGAAGGAAGAUGUCGGCUAUUUCAGCGGCUUUGAGGCAACGCUGUCGCCGACCGAGUUAUCUGAAGAAGGUGGCGAAGGCGGAGGAUUUGUUGCAUUAUUUUCCCAAUGGGGCCUACAUUGGGUGGAGUGGGUUCACGGGUGUCGGUUAUCCCAAAUCAAUUGGAAAAUCCCCACUGCUCUAGCCGACCAUGUCGAGAAGAACAGUCUCCAGGGUCAGCUCAAGUACAAUCUCUUUGUCGGUGCAUCGUCUGGCGCUGAAACGGAGAAUCGAUGGGCACGUUUGAAUAUGAUUGAGCGUCGCUCGCCGCAUCAAGUUGGAAAGGAGAUUGCAAAAGGAAUCAACAAUGGUAACAUCAAUUUCUUCGAUAAGCAUCUCAGCAUGUUUCCUGUGGAUUUGAUGUAUGGCUUUUACACUCUCAACAAGCCCAACAACAAGCUCGAUGUCACAAUUGUCGAAGCAUCUGCCAUCACCGAAGAUGGUGGCAUCAUUCCAGGAGCCAGCGUCGGUGCAUCACCUGAACUCAUCCAAAUGGCGGACAAGAUCAUCAUCGAAGUCAACACCGCAGCGCCCUCGUUUGAAGGUCUUCACGACAUCACCAUGACGGAUCUCCCACCUCGCCGGAAGCCGUACCUCAUCAUGUCACCUGAAGAUCGUAUUGGUACGCCACAUAUUCCUGUUGAUCCUGAAAAGGUCGUUGCUAUUGUUGAGAGUGAUUACCCUGAUCAGACACAGCCGAAUGCUGCUGAAGAUGACACCUCAAGAGCUAUUGCUGCGAAUCUGAUUGAAUUCCUCAAGCACGAGGUCAGCCAUGGUCGCUUGCCAGAGAAUCUUCUUCCCCUGCAAUCUGGUAUUGGUAACAUUGCCAACGCCGUUGUUGGAGGUCUCGCAUCUGGAGGCGCAAACUUCAAAAACCUAAAAGUAUGGACCGAAGUCCUUCAAGACUCCUUCCUCGACCUCUUUGACUCUGGCAACCUCGACUUCGCCACCGCAACCUCUAUCCGCUUCUCCCCCGAUGGCUUCCACCGCUUCUACGACAGGUGGGACGAGUAUGCACCUAAGCUACUGCUGCGUUCGCAGCAAGUCUCCAAUUCGCCCGAGAUCAUCAGACGUUUGGGCGUCAUUGGCAUGAACACACCGGUCGAAGUGGACAUCUACGCCCACGCAAACAGCACCUGCGUCAUGGGCUCACGCAUGCUCAACGGCCUCGGCGGCAGCGCCGACUUCUUGCGCUCGGCAAAAUACUCUAUCAUGCACACCCCCUCCACCCGGCCCUCGAAGACAGAUCCCACAGGCGUAUCCUGCAUUGUCCCCAUGUGCACACACAUUGACCAAACCGAGCACGACCUCGACGUCGUCGUCACCGAACAGGGGCUCGCUGACGUCCGGGGCCUGUCCCCCAAGGAAAGGGCGAGGGUGAUUAUCAAAAAGUGCGCUCACCCGGAUUAUGUCCCGAUUCUGGAGGACUACUUUAAUAAAGCAGAGUUUGAGUGUUUGAGGAAGGGUUGGGGGCAUGAGCCACAUUUGUUGUGGAAUAGCUUUGAUAUGCAUAGGCAUUUGAAUGAGCAUGGGACUAUGAAGUUGCCCAAGUGGGAUUAUGUGGGGUAUGGGGACAAAUAG